GGGGCUGUUCUUCAACUUAUCCGGAUAAUUCGAUGCCCAUGUCACAUUGAGGCUUGGACGUGAGUCUGGCAAAGUCGAAGCGCCGUCGCCGCCGUUGCAAUUGACCGCCGAUCGACCGACUCGCUGCCGGGCAACGUCAUGGCCUCCUUACAUGGAACUUCGUCGUCAUUAGACUCGAAAAUCAUGAUUGAGCUCGCGACGAAGAACUCGUCGUUUCCGAUCGACGUGGUCCCGUCCUUGUCGCCAACGUCAAGUCGGCCCAACGCAUCCCAGGCCCCAGAGAAUCCGCUCUUUGCCAAGCACUCUCCCGCAGAAAAACGACUCACGAGCUUUCCCCAGCCUGGAUUAGUGUCCGACGUAGAGGACCUUCUUGACGAACGAACGCAGCGGUCGUCCGGUCCUCGAUUGUCGCCUGUCGCCGUGCCACCUCCAUCCUUACCGCUGAUAAUCCCGACGGUCCUGUCGCCCGCGAAACGCGGCGCAGCAACAUCACCCCACACACGGCAGACCUGGAUGCCCGAUAAAGUGUGCAAGGUGUGCUCGGACUGCGGUGAAUCGUUCAACAUUUUUCGUCGCCGGCACCACUGCCGAGGAUGCGGCCACAUCUUCUGCCACUCGUGUAGCCCAUACGCCGUCGAGAGCAUCGAGCAAGGCGUCAAGACUCACGUCCGCAUAUGCAAGCGAUGCCACAUGAACCAUUCGUCGUCGGCGAUCAACACGACCGAAGUCGCGAUGGAUUUCCCACCUGGCCUGAUGAGCCCCAUCGUGAGCCAGACCGUUUUUGACUACGGCAACGUGGCUGGCUUCGACCUCGAGUUCGAUCCGUCCGACACCGUCUUGCCCUCAGUCGUCGACACCUCGGACACGGCGCAGCGGUCGAACUCGCUGUAUGCGCACCUGUUUCGGCGUCCCAGUUCCGAACUCGCGUCCGCGCUCAAGGCCAUCCAUGACGCAGAAGAGCAUUUGGAAAAGUCGGCGUCAUCGAUGCUGGACAUGGUGGACGAGGAAUCCGGUGGUCGUGGCAGUAUGUCGCAGGACCAGCACUGGCACCGAGAUCAUCUUGACUGCCAAUCGCCUCCGCUGUCUUCGACCAAGUCCCGGUUAAGCGCCCGCCACAGCUUUACCGAGGGCAUGGAUGGUUGCCAGGGUCUGUGGGCCGACCACCCUGACCACAUUGAAGCGCCAGUGGAACCCACGCCGUGCACGCCAUUCGAGGCCCACCAGAUGGCCGGCCGUCGGCAGCUGCGCAAGCUGCUCGUCCGGGGUCUAGACACCGCGGUCGAUUCCCUGCUACCGGAUGCAAAAGAUCGCGUCGCAGUCCAGGACGAACUCGAGCGCGUCAUCGACGAAACCACUGACCUCCUCAUUCGAGCUACGUAUAACCGCAACGCUGCAGACGGGAUGUUCAACCACCAAGACAUGCUGCACAUCAAGACGAUCGCGGAAGUCCCGGACGACGUCCCUUCCACCGACACACGGUCAACGUACACUGGCCAAGUGAUCCACGGCAUCGUGUGUCGAAAGAACGUAAGCCACAAGAAAGCGCCGCGGAUGCUCGAGAACCCGCGCGUGCUGCUCUUGGGCGGCAGCAUCGUGACGGAUCGUGAGUCGUUGAAGCUGACCAAGUUUGAAGACCUGCUGAACGACGAAGCAGUGUACGCCCAACAGCUCGUGGACAAGAUCUUGGCGGUGAAGCCGAGUGUGGUUUUUGUCGAGCAGAGUGUGUCGCGGCUCGCGCAAGACCAACUGCAGCUACACAAUAUUGCGCUCGUCCUCAAGGUGAAGGAAGCGACGCUGCGCCGUCUCGAACGGCUGACGCGUGCCAAGAUGGUGCCGUCCAUCGACACGAUGCAACCCGACGACACAAGCGUCGUCGGGACAGCGUGCGGUUCGUUUGCCGUCAUGCCGAUGCGAGUUGCCGACCUUACCAAGGAACCUGGCGGGUGGAAGCGCGAUUCGAUUUUGAUUGUCGACGGGUGCGACGCGUCAGCCGGAUGUACGAUUUUGCUGAAAGGACCAAACAAGGCGGUGCUGCGCGCGCUCAAGGCACUCGUCCUGCAGCUCGUUCCUCGCGCGUACGACCUGAUGCUGCGCGCCGAAGCGCUGGCCGAUCUGGCGUAUCCUGUGCGAUCGAAUUUGGCCGAUGACGAGCCAGACGACAAGUGGACAUUCCAGGUGAUCAAAUACAUGCUCAAGCAUCGAGAUGAGGUGCACAAGCCCAAGUUUUCGCAAUGCAGUCGGCCCCAGCCGCACGAGGUCGCGUUUUACUCGAAACACGACAAAGCGCUGGGGUCGUACUUGCAGAAGGAAGGCAUCGACUCGUCGACCAAGUGCCAGGUCCCAAACUGCAAAGUGCCGCUGAUCGAACACCUUGAAGCGUAUAGUUUUUUCAACGGGACGGUGCUCAUUUCGACCGAGCACUUGCCAGACGUCGCGCGGACUGAGAUCGAACGAACGGAAGGACAGCACGCCGCUGCAGCGGCCUCGGACAACCAGCCACUGGAGCGCUCCGGGACCUGUAUGGACGACGACUCGACGGGUCCAACCAUCUUCUUUUGGCGACACUGCCGUGAGUGCUCCAAGAUGGUGAUGCCGCCUCGGCUGUUGCCGGUCACGACGCUCAAGUUUUCGUUUGCACGGUUCCUCGAGACCAUUUUCAACGUGCCAGGGCCUCAAUCCAUGCCUGGACACGGUCCCAGUGAGUUGUGCACGGUCUACGAGUCCAUUCCGCUCGAAUCGAGCGACGACAGUGCCGCAACAACUUUGCUGGCGAACAAAGGCCAAGCGAGCGAAACGUCUCGACAUGACCAAGACCCCCGCGACUGCAUCUGCCCACAUGACGGACAAACACAGCACCUGUUGUACUUUAAAUGCGGGAAACGGGCGAUUCGCGUCGAGUACAUGCACGAUGAGCCGUGGAGCAUCAAGCACGACAAGUGCUUGCACUUUGACCAGAAUUGGUACGUGGCCCACCAGCGCCAGCAAGCCGCGGACCUCAAGCAAGCGAUGGCAAACCAUUUUGCCGUGCUCUACGCCAAGCUGAGGACGCUGCCUCCAUCGUCUCGCGAGGUCAUGUGCCUCGAACUUCUCAUGAAGACAGCGCAAAAGACCUACAUGAACGAGCUCACCGACCUGAUGGAGCAUGGCGAAGUCGUGCACGCGUCGUCGGUGGUAAGGAGCGCUGCUUGUGUGUGGUUCGAUGACGAUUCGUUCCAGGUGGACGCCAACACGGUCCGUCGGGCAUUCUACCAUUCGUGCUGCGACUGGUCGGUAAUGGUACACAAGAUCACCAAGUCUCUCUCUGCAAAUGCGACGCCACUCGACACGUCGCCGCCUUCGAAUGACAUUGCGCCUGUUGGGGACGUCGACGGGAUGCCAGCCACGCCGCUGGCGCAGAGUGCACGAGUCGAACUCGACGCCUUGGGAUUGGAUACGUCCUCCACGGAAGGCGCGCCGGUCGAGGGAGACCUGCCGCCGCUGCCUCCGAUCAGUGUGAAGGAGUUGUCGACGGGUGAGAUGACCCCCCCUGUGACCAUGUCGUCGCCCAGUCCAAUGUCUUGGACCACUGCCCUGAGCAAUUCGCUCGGCGCGAUCCUCCUCGGCGACAAGAAGCCGAUGGACACGCUGGCGCUGGACCCACACCAUGCUGUCCCGGACGUGUUUGCUGGAGGCCAUCCAUUCCUCCCCGUCGGCGCAAACGACCGCGUUGUAUAUGUAUACGACCACCUCCGCUUCUCGUUCGUCACGUACGCGUUGAAUUCGUCCGAGUACUUGAAUGAAACCACGGCGAUCCGCGCCGCGCUCGAGCAUGACCAUGUUGGCGAGUUCCUGACGUCGCCGGUGGACACAACGGUCAAGCUCAAGGUGUCGUCGAGCGAUGUCGAGUUUACGUGCCAAGUGCAUUACGCCCUCCAGGUCGUGCCACGAGUCGUAGACCGACACCACGUCGCGACCUGACAUGUUGUCGGCGUAGUUUGAAGCGUUGCGGUGCAUGUUUUACGGGGGCCUCGUCGACUUUGUCAGGUCGCUUGCGACCAGCCAGCACUGGAGCGCCAAAGGAGGCAAGUCUGGCGCGACUUUCUUUCGCACGUCCGACGACCGGUUCGUGAUCAAGUACAUUAGCCAAGUCGAGUUGCAGAGUUUCCUCGCGUCAGCCCUGUCGUACUUUGCCUACAUUGGCAAAGUCGAAGCGGAGAGUGCCAACAGCGUCUUGUGCAAGCUCGUGGGUGUGUACACGGUCACGACGAAGAAGUGGACGGAGCACUUGGUCGUGAUGGAAAAUAUCUUUUGCAACGCGCCGCACGUCGACCAAGUGUUUGACUUGAAGGGAAGCACGCGAAAUCGAUACCUCGUGACCCACGACGCGCACCCCGACGUCCUCCUCGAUGGCAACUUCCUCGAGCGCCACCUCGGCCUCCCGUGUCCGUUGCAUUGCCGGUCGUACACCAAGCUCGUCGACGCGAUUCGCAACGACGCGCGGUUCCUCAGCGACAACAACAUCAUGGACUAUUCGCUCGUGAUCGGGUACGCGUCCAACGUGCCUGUCGCCAACGACGACAAGACCGUCACGACCACCAACCGCGUCCUCCUCGUCGGGAUUAUUGACUACCUGCGCCAUUUCGACUUUCUCAAGCGCAUGGAGAGUGUCGGGAAGAGUGUCACGAUGAUUGCAGGCCAAGCCGCGCCGACCGUCGUCCAACCCAAGCAAUACGCACGUCGGUUCGUGGAUGCGAUCGAACAAACGUACUUCAUGCCGGUGCCGUCGUUCACCGAGUCUGUCGAGACGCCAUAGAAACACAACCGAUGCGUGAGGAAGUAAAUAGAUGUACUUGAUCCUGCCGUGGAAGUGUCGGACUUUCGAGUCAUAUGAAGGAGAAUUGGGCAGGAUGCAUGUGGCAUGGACAAGCGCCAUCGGGCGUGGGGUGCUCAAGGAUGAUCUUUCUUUAACGUGUACCAAGUGAGCUCCUUCGCCUUGACCAACCGCAGCACGAUCUUGUCGUCCUUCUUCUUCAACGUCACACCCAUCACUUCUUCAUACAAGUACUUGAUCUUGAACACGAGGUCCGCUCCCGACGGAUCAAAGUCUCGAAUGCGAACCUCGAGCUCCCGCGCCGACCAGUCCAAAGUGAUCGAUUCGUCGGGAUGACUGGCAAUUGCUGGGAUGUCAAUGUACACGGUCGCGCACUUCUUCCCGUCGGACCAUGCGUAUGAAGUGAUAGGGCGAUCCGUGGAGACAGAGAUAACGCUGUCCGACUUGGCAAUCAAUCGAGGUUCGCACUGACCGUCCCAUUGAUGGUCGUCAGCCCCCGAUCGUUUCUUAUGCGCGUAAUAGUAUGCAUUCGUGCCCUUGUCGCGGAUGUUGGAAUGCAACGCCGAGAGCGGGGCGUCUUUUGAAUUGGACUCGUCAGAGCUCAUGGGUAUGCUGGUGUGCUUGAUGACGACUGUUCAGUAGUGGACACGCUGAUAGCAGUAAAGGUCACGGAGGAGGGCCGCGGCUUCGGCGACCGUUCCUUUCCCACGUUACUCU